UAUUCUUUUUUCUUUGUACACUUUGUUGGCAUAGUUUUGUGAAAUAAUAUUAGUAGAUAAAUAUAUAUUUUUUAAUUAAUAAAAUAAUAAAAAUUUGUUGUAUAUUCAUUUAUCAACAUGUCUAUGUCAAAGACUACAAAUACUUACAAUCGACAAAAUUGGGAGGAUGCCGAAUUUCCCAUACUUUGUCAAACAUGUUUGGGUGACAAUCCGUACGUGCGUAUGAUUAAGGAGCGAUUUGGUAAAGAAUGUAAAAUAUGCACCAGGCCAUUUACAAUCUUUCGUUGGUGUCCCGGUGCUAGAAUGCGCUUUAAGAAGACUGAAAUUUGCCAGACAUGUGCACGUUUGAAGAACGUUUGUCAGACGUGUUUGCUUGAUUUGGAAUACGGUUUGCCCAUACAAGUGAGAGAUGCAGCCUUGAAAAUAGCAGACAAUCUGCCACAGAGUGACGUCAACAAGGAAUAUUACAUACAAAAUGUAGAUAGAGAAUUGGAAGAUGGUGAUGGCACUGAAGCAGCAGGCGCUGUUGGUAAAUCAUUGGCAGCCAGUGAAAUGCUAUCGAAAUUGGCGCGUACAGCUCCCUAUUAUAAACGAAAUAGGCCUCAUAUAUGUUCGUUCUGGGUAAAAGGAGAAUGUAAAAGAGGCGAAGAGUGUCCAUAUCGUCAUGACAAACCCAACGAACCCGAUGAUCCUCUAUGCGAACAAAAUAUUAAAGAUCGUUACUAUGGUCGUAAUGAUCCAGUGGCCGAGAAGAUUAUGAAGAGGGCAGCCUCACUACCCACUCUAGAGCCACCAGAAGAUCGCAACAUUACUACACUAUAUGUUGGAAAUUUACCCGAGGAAAUAACAGAACCUGAACUCAGAGAUCAUUUCUAUCAAUUUGGUGAAAUACGCUCUAUAGCUUUGGUGCCUCGCCAGCAGUGUGCUUUUAUACAAUACACGAAACGGUCCGCAGCUGAAUUGGCCGCCGAGAAAAGUUUCAAUAAAUUAGUGUUGCAGGGUAAGAAAUCAACCAUAAAAUGGGCUCACUCCCAGGCCAAACAGGGGGCUGCAAAAACAGAUAGACGUUUUGAUGUCAAUGCUAUAGCACCAGCAGCAACUCAAAAUCCAAAUGAUUUCUUUAAUUUACAACAGGAGCAAGUAACGGUUCUACCACCUGGUAUGAAAUUGCAUCAAAUACCACCAAGUCUUAUACCCGCCUCAUCAUAUCAAAUGUAUUCCCAAGCUUAUGCGGCCCCAUAUUCUAUGCCGGUGGCUUCUACAUCCGCUCAAGCAGCUGCUGCCGCUGCUGCUGGCAGUUCCCUAGACUCUAUACCACCGCCUCCCAGUGCUGGUGGUAGUGGACAUUAUCCCAGUCAGGAUCCUAGUCGUUUGGGCGCAGUUAAAAAAUAAUUAGAUGCCACAAGGAAUUAAGACACAUUUCCACUUCUUUAACCUCAUAGUAGUUAAGAAUUGAAAAAAUAUUUAAAAAUGGUUUUGUAGUACAAUAGCAUUGUUUAGAAAUGCUUAAAAAGAAAACAAUAAAACUUUUAAUUCUAAAAUAAA